AUGAAGCGAAGAGUGAAUUGGUCAACUAGAAGCUUGAACAACGCGCGCUAUACAGAACCUCAACCAACUUAUAAGAUGAGUGCGCGGGUGGAUAGCAUGAAAAAUGGAUUUUUAGUGAUCCCUUUCAAGCUACCGCAGUCGCAGAAACUGGAAGAGCAUUCCGAGGAAGCGUGUCACUACAUGUUUAUUAAAAAACAUCAAUCAAAGAGCGAACUGGAGCAGAACUGCCUCUUUUUAGUGAAUCUUCCUCUGUUGACUCAUCUAGAAAACUUGAAGCAGGGUUUUGGAAGUAUUAUGUCACAAUACGGUUCCGUUGCACAUGUCGCACAGCUGCUACACCAUGACGAGUUUGGGCUGAGUGAGGUCGAUCUUUCGAGCCUCACUUCUGAUUUAAUGUCAACCGGUGAUGCUGAAGAAAAAAGGUAUACACCCCGCAACACUGCGCUUUUGCAAUUCGUGGACGCAGCCAGUGUCGAUAACGCGUGGAGCGCCCUUCGCAAAUACUCGCAAGAGCGUAAGCAAAGUAAAAUUGUUACAUGGAACUUUGAUUCUCCCUCGAUGGCUACCUUCAUAAAUUUCUACAAACCGCUGGAUCUGGACUACCUGAAGGAGGAUGUUUACUCACACAUGGCAUUGUUCGAGCAGCGCGAACAGCAGGCUCAAGAACAAGCACAGUCAUCGAUUGUUGAUGAGGAUGGGUUCACACUGGUAGUGGGCAAGAACACCAAGAACCUAAAUUCGAUUAGAAAGAAGAUUCUCAACAAGAACCCGCUAUUGAAGCAUGAGAAGAUAGUCAAACCACCUACAAUGGUCGAUAAAAAGGCUAAGCAAGACUUCUACAGGUUCCAAAUUAGAGAGCGUAAGAAGCAGGAGAUUAGCGAGCUCCUGAAAAAGUUCAAACAAGAUCAAGAGAAGAUCAAAGAGAUGAAAUCCAAGAGGAAGUUCAACCCUUACGCUUAA